AUGCCAUCUACACUAUCAUUCAACUGUGCCCUCCUGACCGGAGGCGGUGGUGGCAUUGGUCGAGCCAUCUCCUCCUAUCUACUUCAGCAGGGCAAGAAAGUGAUCAUCGCCGGACGAACCAAAGAGACACUACUAAAGACGGCGCAUGAAAUCGGCGCCACCGACUACUUCGUCCUCGACACGGGAAUAAUCUCACAGAUCCCGACCUUCAUCCACAAACUGACCACCCAGUACCCCGAAGUAGACUGUCUAAUCAACAACGCGGGCGUACAACGACCCCUCGACAUCGUGAACGACCCAACCACCGACUUCCUCGCCAAAGCAGACCAGGAGAUCGACAUCAACGAGCGUGGGCCGAUGCAUCUCACGCUUGGCCUGUUGGACCAUUUCCGGACCCAUCCGCACGGAGCGACCAUUAUCAACGUCUCGUCCAUUCUGGCCUUCGUCCCCUUCUCCGUCAUUAACCCCGUGUAUAACGGCACCAAGGCCUUUAUGCAUUUCUGGUCCAUGAACCUCCGCACGCAGCUGGCGAAUGCCGGCCUGGAGAAGGUUCGUGUGGUGGAGAUCAUUCCCCCCUCUGUGGGGACGGACUUGCACCGGGAUCGCUCGGAUCCGGAUGAUAAUAAGAAGCAUAAUAAUCAGAGCGUGUUGACGGUGGAGGAGUUCAUGGAGUUUGUUUCUAAGGGCCUGGAGCGCGGUGAGACUGUUAUUGCUCCGGGGAUGAGUCAGGAGCUGGUGGAUACAUGGUAUAGGGAUUUUGGCUCUGUCUAUGAAAAUUACUCUGGGAUUCAUAAGAAGUAA